AUGCCACCGGUGCUAGGAGGCGCGGCAAUGGCGGUCCUUCCGGUAAGCCCGCAGACGGCCACGCAGGGUAACCCGCACCACCAUCAUAAUCAUCACGUACAUCAGGGACAAACGCAAGUUCUACUCGCGGCUGCUGGCCCAGCGAGCCAGGCCCAGCCGCAGCUGCUCUAUCAGCCGUAUAAUUUGAUGCCGCAACAACAACAACAACAGCAACAGCAUCAUCAUCAUCAUCAAUUGCCACCCAGCCAGCAAAGCAACUUCCUCCCAGGAGACGUUGCUAACGCCGCCACGACGCUUGCCCUGGAACGACGAGAAGCGGAAGUCCGGCUGGAGCGCGAGAAAAGGGAAGCCAAGAUGGAAAGGGAGAGGCUCGAGAAGCAGAGGGCCGCCGAGCAGGCAGUUCACAAGCACUUCGAGGAGUCCCUUAGGCUGGCACACCAAAAGGUGUCUCAUGUUCCACAGAGAAAGAUGCAAUCGACGUCGAUGGCGUGGAACACGUUCAUACCGUUGCCGCCGCCAGGAAGCAGAACCCAUGCGGCCCCGCAUUCGGGGAUGACGGCGCACGUGGGUCAUCAUCAUCCCGGGCCAGGAGCGGCGGGCGCGCAUCCUGUCACGGUCGCGCAGCAACAGCAACGGGAACGGGAGGAACGGGAACGGGAGGCGAGGGAACGUGACGCGAGGGAGCAGAGGCAGAGGGAAAACGAGAACCUGGGGAUGAGGGAACACCUGGCAGCGGCCGAGAGGCUACACAGGCAAGCCGAGGCAAGAGAUCAUGCUGCGGCACAGCAGAUGGCUGCUUAUUAUGCAGCGACUGCACCUCCGACUCAACAGGUGUCACGACCAUCGAGCGUACCUGGUAAAGUCGAUUACCCGCCACCUCCGGCGCACUCGAGGACAUCGAAGUCGUCGCUGCCAGUCACCAGUAUGCACGAAAAACCGCCCUCGGUGGUGGGCCCGUCGCAUAGUUCCCUGCCGAAGGUCGAACCUAACGUCGGUCUGUUCAGUUACUCGACGUACCAGCCCCAGUCGUCGUACAUGCACGACAUCAAGGUGAAGACCGACGUGGGGCAGCAGCACAAAUCGUUGCAGAACAAAGGAGGUUUGGCGGGCGGCCUCGACAGGGAUCAUCACGGUCGAGAGGUGCUGCAGAAUCCACCGUCGCUCCUCUCGGAUCACAAGAGCUCGGUGAUCGUGAAGAACGAGGGCCGGGAGCUGCCGAAGACGCCGGUGUCGCAGCAACACUCCCCGAGCCCGAAGAUCAUGCCCUAUCUGAACGUCCAGUCGGUGGCGCCGCAACACAAACCUUACGAGUACAGGAGUCCCACGCAAAGUCCGCACCAUCUUCACCAUCUAGACGGUGGCCUGCAGUCGUCGAAGAGCAUACAGCAGGGCCAUCAUAGAAGCAGCAGCGGUCCAACGACCGCUCAACAAUUACCAAGUCCCCAUGGGCAUCCACCGCCGCACUCGCACAAUCGACAGUCACCGCACGCCCAGCAUCCACAUCAGCCACCGCAUCCGUCGCCGCCAGAACCGCGUUAUCUGACGAGGCCGGAACCGGCCGGGUUACCUUACGCCACGGCGAAGUCCUCGUAUCCGUAUCCGCAUCCGCAUCCGCCCACGGCCUCGCCGACGUCGCAUUACGCCGCGCCAACGGCGGGCUCGAAGCCGAAAGUGAGCAGCCCGGCGCCGCCACACAUCUACGGGAAACCGAAUUCCGGUAUCAUGACCGGUACACCGGUGUGCCGUGCCUCGGAACCGGCUGUCGUCGCCCCGAUACCGCUCACCUCGAAACCCGGCAGCUCGCCUUACCAGCAAGUGCCUCAUCAUCACGGGGCGCCACCGCCGCCGUUGCCGCCGCCCGCGCAUAGCCGAUCCGUCUACGAUCCGCGUGGUUUCACCGGCUCGAUGCCCGCAGCGAAGCUACCGCCGCCGCCGCUUCAUGGUUCACCGCCGACAGCCGCAUCGGCCCCUUUGUCCAGGCCGAUCGCGCAUCCCGCUCAUCACACCAGUCCCCAUCAGCAACCCGGUCAGACGGUGCAGCACGCGCAACCGCAACUGAACACCACCUUUCAAACGCAACCGCUCGAUCUCGGGGUAGAGAGGUCCGGUUCGCCGAAGCGAAAAGCACCGACACCGUCGUUGACCGAGACCAUCGGCCACCAACCGGUGUCGCUCGAGGUCUGCAAGAAACGGCGUACCGAGGAACCGCAGCAACCGUUGUCCCUGCAAUGCGUUGGCCCGCCGAUUCUAUCGCGUGUCAGCGAACCAAGCCCGUUGAUAGCCUCGGCCGCCACAUCGAUCACCACCGUGGUCAACACCGCGGCACUUCUCGCUCAACCGAACAGUCAGACCCAAGAGCGUAUCGUAACCGCGGUCAGUCCAGCGCCUAGAACAGCCAGCGGCGAUGGUUCUGUAAGACCAGCGAGCACGGGCAGCGUCAGCUCGUUGAAUCCAACGGUGAGCGCGGCACCCAGCCCAGCACCCAUACCAAGUCCAGCCCCAUCGACGGCGCCCAGUCCAGCGCCCAGCGCACCUGGCACGCCAGCGAAAGCGAGCACCGCGAGCACGGUGGACAGCGAAAAAUCGAACAGUCCAGCGCCCCGACCUCCUAGCAGCACCAGCUAUCCGGUGCACAAGCUGAAAAAGGCCUGGCUGCAGAGGCAUUCCGGCGAGGACGGAACCGAGGACACCACCGGAGUGAUCGGUAGCGGUUCCUGCGUCACGUUGCCCCUGAACAUCGCCCAAACUCCCACGCAACCGAUCAAUAACAAAGAACGCGAUGCAUCGUCGAACAACAGCAACACCAGCACCACCUGUCUGCCGAGUGCCGUAAACUCGAUCCAUAAUAUCGGCAGCAUGGCGGUGAACAGUAUCAACAAAAGCAAAGUGACCGCGAAGAGCAGUCGCAAGUCGACCAACAAAGAGUCGCUUAACGGUCACGCGACAGACACGAAGAAUUUGCAAGAGGACUCGUCCAGCAGCGACCCGGAGAGGAAGUCGCCGCCGAAAAGGAAGCCACCCAAGGUAAAACGAAAGAAGGGCGUCGCACGGAGGCAGCAAACAACCGCGGAAGAUCAGCGGAGACGAAAGGAUGACAAGCAAGGGGCAGUAGCUGGUGUAGGCAGCGAGUCUAGUAAUGAGAGCGAAGCUGGUUCUGCCAGUGAUACCAGCGAACAGUUGGGUUCUAUUCAACCUGCAUCGAGGGUGCGGCAUACCACAGUCAAUUCCAACAAUUCCUCAGGAAACGGAAACAACAAGGAACCCAGGAAACGAGGUAGAAGACCAAAGACUACGAAAGGUAAUGAAGUGGGUGGCGAAGACCAGCAACCGCGGCAAAAGAAAGAACGUAGAGACGACAGUACGAGCGGUGGUAACAGCGGGCCAGGUGGAAGCGGUGGAAGGGGCGAUCCCUUUCGUAGACCGCCAAUAUCACAACUAAAGAAAACUGGUGACAGCUGGUUGCAAGACGGUGCUUGUUUCGAAGUCGCCCCGAAAUUGGCUAAAUGUCGUGAGUGCAGAUGGACACCGCACCAGCGCUCGAAAAACCUUCCACAAAAUAUUUUCUGCAGAUUUUAUGCAUUCCGUAGAUUACGGUACACCAAAAAUGGGCAGUUGGCUAUAGCAGGAUUCAGCGACCCGCAUAAGGACGCGUCUGAGGUAGAUCUUCGGUUAUGGUUACCAGGCAAAGAUGGUUCGGACACGAAGAAAGAUGAAAAAUCUGACAAGAACGAUAAAGACAAGGGUGACAAGGAGGAUCUGGACUUGGAGAUGGCUCACAGAUUACUUCGUCAGGUUGGGGACCAAUUUUGCGAUCUAUUGCAUCAAGAAAAGGACGCGCUCCAACAGCACAAGGCCGAAGCAAAUUCGGGACUUAUAGACGGAACGGUAGCUUGGAAGCGAGUGGUUCAGGGUGUUCGAGAGAUGUGCGACGUGUGCGAGACGACACUUUUCAAUUAUCACUGGGCCUGCGGUAAAUGCGGUUUCGUUGUGUGCAUCGACUGUUACAAGGGACGCAAAAAUGGAACGAUCAAGAUUUGGGGUGAAAGUGGAAAGGACAGGGACGAUUUCUCGUGGCUUUUGUGCACCAACAGACAAGUACACGAACCCGAACGGCUCAUGCUUACUCAAAUCAUUGCCGGCGACAGCUUGGUACGUCUUGGACAACGGCUACACGAGUGCCGCGGAGAGUGGGGAAUACCACAGCACUGCGGUUGCUCGUUGGUCGUUCAGACAUCACCCAACGACUAUCUAAGAAACUUGAUAAAGGGCGACACGGUACCGGUUAUGAACGGGAACGUGAAGCAAGAAAUCAAGGAGGAGAAGAAGGUGAACGAGUCCAACGGAUCAUCGGAGAACAAAACAAAUGGUGAGGAUGGUUCGAGCUCGGAUUCCGACGAGGAUCGGGAUGGCAAUUACUCGACCCUUCGGGAGUUGCUCAUCCGACCGUCCCACAAGUCGAACGGCAACGGGUCCAGAUCGAAUUCACCGACGAACAAUUCCAGCAGCGUUAACGCCCCGUCCGGCAACAACGCGCCUAACAACGUAACGAAAUCGGGUAAAAAGUCCAAGAUGGACACGCUGGACGAGGUGAUAUCCAGCGUGAUCGAGCACAGCGUGAAAAAGGAGAGGGAAGGCGGACUGGACGACGAGAAGCCAAGGGAACUGAAGCAUUUCGUGAGACGAUACAAGUGGACGCAAAAGGGAAGGGAACCGUUGCCCAUUCGUAUCAUGACGCUCACAGAGAGCAAGAGCCUCUACCCGGAUGUGCCGCACUCCUGGCUAUGCGACGGCAAAUUGCUCAGGUUAAACGAUCCGAAUAACCCUAACAACUAUCGAAUAUUUCAAGACCAGUGGAAACGUGGACAACCGGUUAUCGUGUCGGACGUCGCGAAGUCUUUGGACAUGAAUCUCUGGCAUCCGGACUCGUUCGCCCGGGACUUCGGGGACGAGAAGAACGAUCUAAUCAACUGUAUGACCGGAAACCUGGUACCGAAUCAACCGAUGCGUAAAUUCUGGGAAGGAUUCGAGCACUUCUCGAAACGAUUGAAGGACGAGAGAGGGAAUCCGAUGUUACUGAAAUUGAAGGAUUGGCCGCCGGGCGAGGAUUUCGCGGAGUUGUUGCCGUCCAGGUUCGCCGAUCUGAUGAAAGUUUUGCCGUUGUCGGAGUACACCCACCGGAACGGAAGAUUGAAUCUUGCUAGCCGUCUGCCCGACUGCUUCGUCAGACCGGAUCUGGGGCCGAAGAUGUACAACGCUUACGGGUCGGCCCUCCAUCCGAACAAGGGUACGACCAAUCUUCACCUGGACAUUUCCGACGCGGUGAACGUUAUGGUUUACGUUGGGAUUCCGAAGGAUGCCGACAACGAUGAACACGUCAAAGAGGCAUUGAGAGCGAUAGAUGAAGCAGGCUGUGAUAUCUUGACACGGCGACGUGUUCGCGAACGAGGAGAAGCACCCGGUGCGUUAUGGCACAUUUACGCGGCCCGGGACGCUGAUAAAAUUCGCGAUCUUUUGAACGCGGUGGCAUUGGAACGUGGUGCCCGUUUGGAACCCCAUCAUGAUCCGAUUCACGAUCAGAGCUGCUAUCUCGAUGGACCAUUACGAGAACGCCUGUACCGCGAAUACGGCGUCGAAGGAUACGCCAUCGUUCAGUGCCUAGGUGACGCGGUAUUCGUGCCGGCCGGCGCGCCCCAUCAAGUCCGUAAUCUUCACAAUUGUAUAAAAGUGGCCGAGGAUUUCGUAUCGCCGGAAAACGUUUCGCAUUGCUUCCAUCUCACGCAAGAGUUCCGCGCGUUGUCGGACACGCACACCAAUCACGAGGACAAGCUGCAAAUCAAGAACAUAAUCUAUCACGCGGUGAAGGAUUCCCUGACCGUUCUGUCGAACGUAAAGGAUGAGACGCUGACUAAACUGAAGGCCAACAACGAGAUUAAGAAAGAGGAGACGUAGCCCUAGGCCCCCUGUCGCGGUCGCAAGAGCCGUUGUUGAUUCGUUGUUCGAUUUCAAAUCUCGCUGCAGCAAACCAGCGAGUGCAACCUGUUGCCGCCCCUCUGUGCUCUCCCGUUAAGCGCGGCGUAUACGCUAAUCAGACCGGGAUGACAGGAGAAUCCGACGAUUUAAUGAUUCUCCGGGAAAACCUGUACCGAGGUGCAAGAAUUUGUUGUGAUAUUUGACGAGUAACUCAAAAGUUUGAUUUUUUGAUAUUGGCUGAGCCAAUCAAGAGAGAGAGAGAGAGAGAGAGAGAGAGAGAGAGAGAGAGAGAGA